UCAGUAAGUUUCUUUCGAUGCAGUUGUGACCAUCUGAUCGUUGAGUCGCUGCAGGUUGACACCAUGGCUACAGUGGCGUUCAGGCGGUGUGUGAGCUGGACUUUACUGUCAGCAUCUGGAGCCAAAGGCGUCAGGAUCAGAGGGACAAACCGGCUCUACUGGACCACUUUCAGAAGGACUGCCGGUGCUCUGACUAGCAGAAGAGCUGCGUUCCUCCUGGGGUUCCCCACACUGUCCUGUCUGGGUUAUGAAGUGUAUCACAGAGUGCAGACUUCAGCUGUGGUCCACGCUUUAGAAAAAGAGGAGGUUUUGGAGCAGGCCGACUACCUGUACAGCUGUGCAGAGACAGAGAAGCUGUACCAGCUGCUGGUGCAGUACAAGGACAGUGAUGAUGCAGAGUUCCUGUGGAGGCUGGCCCGGGCGUCUCGUGACAUGUCCCUCCUGCCCAACAUGGAGGCAGAACGGAAGAAGCAGCUGAUGUAUGAGGGCUUCGAAUAUGCAAAGAAGGCACUGGAGAAGGAUGAUAAGUGUUUUGCUGCACACAAAUGGUAUGCAGUCUGUCUCAGUGAUACCGGAGACUACGAGGGAGUCAAGGUGAAAAUUGGAAAUUCAUACAUCAUCAGGGAACAUCUAGAGAGAGCCAUUGAGCUCAAUCCCAAAGAUGCCACUUCCUUACAUAUUCUGGGGUUCUGGUGCUUUGCUUUUGCAGAGCUGCCUUGGUAUCAACGUAAGGUGGCGGCUUUAAUUUUUUCAUCGCCGCCUAACUCCACAUAUGAAGAGGCUUUGGAAUUUUUCCUGAAAGCUGAAGAAGUUGAUCCAAACUUCUACAGUAAGAACCUGCUGAUGCUCGGGAAGACCUACUUGGGCAUGAAAGACAAAGAGAAAGCACGGUUCUAUUUAACCAAAGCAAAGGACUACCCUGCUCACACGCUGGAAGACAAAGAGGUCCAUAAAGAUGCUGUCGACCUGUUGAAGAAACUAGGAUGAAGCUGUUAUGACCACUAGGGCUGGACUAAAAUACCAUGAUAUUUAUGACCAAAUAAUGUUGAUAUUGAGUCGAUAUCGUAGAGCUGACUGAGUUGAUAAAGGCAAAUAAUAGAACAACACUUAACUGUAACACAGCCUUUAAAACCAUGAAAAGACAACACAACUUACUAUCUAGGACGAUAUUUAGUCUCAUGUCACGAUAUCAACAUAAUAUCGAUAUGUUGCCCAGCCCCAAUUACAGUGGAACAUGGUGCAUUUGGGGACUUUUGGACUGUUAAUUACUGCGAGUAAAUCUGAUUCUGUAGUCAUUAACACAGCAGAACUGUCUGGUCAUUAAAUUUCUAGUUAAAUUAAAACUACAACAUGCAACUUUUGAGAUAAAGUUAGUGAACAGGAUCUAAUGGACUCCGCUUAUCUAAUCGUGCCUGAAUUUCUCUGACAUCUAGUUUAGCGGUGAUCACGUGCUGUUUGCUGGGCUGAAUGUUUACAACACUGCCACUUUUUAAAAUUCAGAUUUAUGAUCUGAAAAUGGAGGAAUCAAGAAAAAUGUGGGACAGUGAAGAACACAGCAGAUAUUGUCCUUUUGCAUAUUGUAAAUAACAUUUUUAGAGAGAAAAAUGUACAAAUAUAAUUCCCAUCUGUAUCUGUCUACCAACAACUCAAGCAAUAGUUAAUGGUUUCUCUAGUCUAGUUUUUUUUCUUUCUUUUUUUUUUUUUUGUACAUGCAUUUACUGUGUUUUAACUGAAGGGCAUUUUUUCCUGAUCAAAAUAAUAAAUAAAUCAAAGCCACAAAUGCA